CAUUUACACGAGUAGCCGCUGAAAGAGCUGAAAGUAACUUCUCAAGUCCCUUUAGAUAAAUGACAGUUUAGGUCUAAAUGUCAAUAGUUUGUUGGUUGUCAUCUGCUGGAGGCUGAGUCUCUUCGUUUGCUGAGCAAUACUUUUGGUUAUGGAAGAGCAGUUUAGUGAUGAUGAAUCACCAGUAGUCCAUAGAGAAGACAACAAGAGAAGAAGACGAAAAAUGAAGGCAUUUACAUCCAACGCAGCUGUUGCAAUGGACCAGAUUGCUGUGGAGUUUGUGCUCCCCACUACUAACAAGACUAGCAAAGGCCCAGACACUCUGCAUUUAGAAGUAGCCGGAAAUUGCACGGUGGAACAGGUGAAAGCUCAGGUUUGGCUCCGAGCUGUUGCCAGUCACCUCUGUCCGGAGUUCUACCAAAAAUACUCCCCAGACCACUGCAUCUUGCUCUACCAAAAGAAAGGAAACUGGUGUGAGAUUUACGAUAAACACCAGGUGUUCCAGACCUUGGACUGCAUCCGCUAUUGGAAAGCACUGAAGAAGGACAACGGGAAGAUUCACCUGGCCAAGAGGCCUCUUCCGUCAGAGGAGUCUGUUCAAUAUCAGAAGUACUUGAACUACUUGAUUGGAUACGAUGUCACCGAUGUGAGCAACGUGCACGAUGAUGAACUCGAGUUCACACGCAGAAAGUUACUCACUCCCCGCAAAAUUGAGUUGUCUGACCGAGAUGCCAAACUCUAUUCAAUGGAUCCCUGGGUAACUACAAAACCACUCCCUGAGUAUCUCCUCGGCAAGAUUAGUAACAGUAACAUCCUGCUGGUGAUACACAGGAAUUCAUCCAGUCAGACUAUUAAGGUGUCAAUUGAUGACACACCUGUCCAGGUACUCCAGACCUUCUUCACCAAGAUAGCUAAAAAGAGGGCACUGUUUAACAUUCCAGAAGAUGUCAGCGAGGCAGAUUAUGUGCUUAGAGUUUGUGGACGAGAGGAGUACAUUUUCGGAAGCUAUGCCAUCAAAGAUUUCCACUGGGUACGGCAGUGCCUCAAGAAUGGAGAUGAAAUCCACCUGGUGCUAGAAAUGCCCCCAGACCCUGAACUGGACGAGGUUCACAGAGAAGACUGGUCGCAGGUGGACGAUUGCACCGGAGUGGCUGGUACGCAUGAGCAGUUGACCAUCGAUGAGAAGGACCAUGAGAAGGUGUUUACAAUUUCGCUGUGGGACUGCAAUCGCAAAUUCCGCGUCAAGGUGCUAGGCAUUGACAUUCCUGUUCUACCCCGUAAUUCCGAGCUGAUCGUGUUUGUGGAGGCCAGCAUAUUCCACGGGCAGCAGCUUCUGGCCCAGGAAAGGACGACUCCGAAGCCUUUCACUGAGGAGGUGCUGUGGAACACUUGGCUGGAGUUCAACAUCAAAAUAAAAGAUCUACCAAAAGGAACUCGACUGAGUCUGCAGGUAUCGUGCGGUAAAGCCCAAACCCAGUCGUCCAAGUCGUCCAGUCAGGACAACGGAGGACACGACAGCAAGAGCAAGAACCGUCUGCUGUAUUACGUGAACCUCCUGCUGAUUGACCACCGCUCUCUGCUGAGGCAAGGAGAGUUCGUCCUGCACAUGUGGAAGAUGCCCGACAAAAGCGAGGACAACAGCAGCGUCAAUGCCGACAAGCUGACGUCCGCCACCAACCCGGACAAGACCAGCUCUAUGGCCAUAGCCAUACUGCUGGACAAGUACUGUUACCCAGUAGCGCUGCCCAAGUGCAGAGAGUGCAAAGAGGCUUCGGAUUUGGAGGGGGAGAGAGGGCAGAGGGACAUGCCAAACCACCUGCGAAAGCAGUUCGAGCAGAUUGUCGCCACCGACCCGCUGCACCCGCUGAGCCCGGAGGACAAGGAGCUCCUGUGGCACUUCCGACAGGAGUGCAUGCGGCACCCCAGGGCGUACCCCAAAUUCCUCGGCUCUGUGAAAUGGGGCAAACAGGAAGCCGUGAUGGUGACCCAUCAGCUGCUCGAGAGGACCACCACAUGGGACAGGAGCUCGUUAGACGUGGGCUUAGCCAUGCAGUUGCUGGAUUGCCACUUUUCCGACGCAAACGUGCGCUCCAUGGCUGUAAGGAAACUAGAGACACUGGAUGAAGAUGUUGUCUUGCGGUACCUGCUGCAGCUGGUUCAGGCAGUGAAGUUUGAGCCGUACCAUGACUCUGCUCUGGCAAGAUUCUUAUUAAAACGGGCACUCAGGAGCAAGAGGAUUGGCCAUUUUCUGUUCUGGUUUUUGCGAAGUGAAAUUGCCCAGUCUAUGCACUAUCAGCAACGCUACGCGGUCAUUCUGGAGGCCUACAUGAGAGGCUGCGGGGACGCCAUGCUCCAGGAUUUCAAGAAGCAGGUGGAGAUCACAGAGGCUCUGCAGAAAGUUACCCGCGAGAUCAAGGCAGUCUCUCAGGAAAAAUACGAUGUCUCAGCACAGGUUGUUUUUCAGCUACGACAGAAACUGGAGAGUUUGCAAGUGUCAGGUUUGCCAGAGAGCUUCAAAGUGCCUUAUGACCCUGGCCUACGAGCUGGAGGUCUUGUGAUUGAGCAGUGCAAAGUUAUGGCAUCAAAGAAGAAACCGUUAUGGCUGCAGUUCAAGCGUGCAGAUCCCACAACCUUGUCUAGUGACACCAUUGGAAUCAUUUUCAAGGAUGGAGAUGACCUUCGUCAAGACAUGCUCAUCCUACAAAUCCUGUUGAUAAUGGAGUCUAUUUGGGAAGCUGAAUCGCUGGAUCUAUGCUUAUUGCCAUAUGGCUGCAUUUCCACUGGAAAUAAAAUAGGCAUGAUUGAAAUCGUGAAGGAUGCCAGAACCAUUGCCAAUAUACAGCAGAGUAUCGUAGGAAACACCGGGGCCUUCAAAGAUGAGAUCCUCAAUCAGUGGCUCAGGGACAAGUGUGUGAGUGAGGACAAGUUUCAACAGACUGUGGAGCGCUUUGUGUACUCCUGUGCAGGCUACUGCGUCGCUACCUAUGUCCUCGGGAUUGGUGACCGCCAUAAUGAUAAUAUUAUGAUCACAGAAUCUGGGAACCUCUUCCACAUUGAUUUUGGUCACAUUCUGGGCAAUUACAAGAGUUUCCUGGGCAUCAGCAAGGAGCGGGUCCCCUUUGUACUGACUCCUGAUUUCCUUUAUGUCAUGGGGACGACAGGGAAGAAAAGCAGUCCAUAUUUCCAGAAAUUCCAGGAAACAUGUGUGAAAGCCUACUCAGCUCUGAGACACCACACCAACCUGCUGAUCAUUCUCUUCUCCAUGAUGCUGAUGACCGGUAUGCCCCAGCUGACCAGCAAGGAGGACAUAGAGUACAUCCGGGAGGCGCUGACGGUCGGCCGCUCGGAGGAGGAGGCCCAGCGCCACUUCCUGGACCAGAUUGAGAUCUGCCGAGAUAAAGGAUGGACUGUACAGUUCAACUGGUUUUUGCACUUGGUGCUGGGAAUCAAACAGGGAGUGGAGAAACGAUCAGCUUGAUAUUUUCAAUCUCCGUCUGGUCGCAAGGGACACCGUUUCACAGGACAUGCUUUCACCUGAUGCUCUCAAAUAAGUAAAGACAUUUUUUUUUUUGUUAGCGAUUGUGUUUAUGUCCUUCAUAAUCUCAGUUGUGGAUAAUGAAGUGGCAAGAACAUAGGUUUCAAACCCAGUUGCAUUUGAGCUGAAGCUUCAGAAAAUAUCAAAUUUCAUUGUAUCUGUCUUUGCAAUGUAGCAUUUUGCAAGCCCCUUAGAAAAAACACAGGCAAUCUACUCAUAAGGCGGGAUUAGAAGGAUGUCUUUCUGUCGGCAAAGAAUGAAAAUGAUUCCUGUUGACUUGCCAUUUCACAGUGAAUAAUACAUUAUGUAAUAUGCUCUGUUACUCGUGUCACUGUUGUGGGCUACUCUUUUCAGUCUUAGUUUUGAGUGCAGUAGUGCUGUUUCAUAUUUUUAUGAAGGCUAUUUAUAUUUAAUUCAGGCAUGUAAUUAUUUAGGUAGUUGCCUAAUACUAUAGUGCCACUUACCACAUACUGUAUGGUCAAGCAAACCUCUUCUGAUUUAUUUGUAUUAUUUUUUUACAGCAGAAAGUUGUGACUUAAAUCAGUGAAGUCUUGGAAAUGUAGGAUCCCUGAGUGUGGGAUGUGUUCUCAAGUGAGGACUGAAUUGUAGUCUUAAAUAAUAAGUAAGAGAUGUAUUUGUGCAAAACAGUAAUUUAUCAGGUCCUCCCCUUUUUGUAAUUGUUUAGGGGUCUCUAGGGGUCUCUCAACUGAUGACAAUAAAAAACAAAGUGUUAAUGCA